AUGAAUAGACUAGCAUGGGUUACCUCUAGGCUGUUUUCAACAACGGCCAGAGUCAGUGCCAUUUCGAGGAGGAGAGCUUACAACACGCCAAAGGUGCUACACUCUCUACCACAGUACCAGCCCUCGCUGGGAGCCUUUCAGAUCCCUGAGUUGGAAAGAACAAGAAUAGUGCCACAGUCGCCAAACUACUAUUCCGGUAACCCGAUGCACGAGGAAUUUGUUGAAAAGCUCAAUGUGUUGCUGAGAAAAUACAUUUCGCUUCCUUUUGACAUGGCUUCCUCUUCGAAGAGUGAAUGGCUCACAUACGAACAGUACCUCUCGAUUGUUGACCAGAGUGGUACCUUGUCCUUGUUGCAACAUGACAAAUUAGUGAGACAGCUGAUCCGGUUAGCUGCCAUUGAUCCACAGCUACAGUCCGGAGAAUUGCUGAAAGCCAUCGAGCCGUUCAGAAGGAAGAAGGACGACUCCAAGGUGGUUCCACUCCAAAAAGAACUGGACCACUUUGGAAGGUCUGUCACUGUGGGCAGAAGGAAGACCGCCAGUGCCAAGUGUUACCUCGUUGAAGGAGAGGGCAAGAUUAUUAUCAACGGAAGGCCUCUCAACGAGUACUUCCCCAAGGUGAACGACCGCUCCAAAGUGUUACACCCACUCAAGGUUGUCGAAAGCGAAGGGAAAUACAACAUUUUCGUCAAGGUUAGAGGAGGAGGAGUCACCGGCCAGGCUGAUGCUACAGCUCUUGGAAUUGCGAGAGGAAUCAUCGUCCACAACCCAUUGCUGAAAAAAAGACUAAGAGCCGGUGACUGUCUUACGAGAGACAGCAGGCACGUUGAAAGAAAGAAGCCUGGUAAGGUCAAGGCCAGAAAGUCGCCAACCUGGGUCAAACGUUGA